AUGGCCGCGGUCUCGGUGCUCAGCCGGGGAUCCAGCUCCCUCGAUAUUUUGAGCAAGCGCUUGCGCCCAUCAAUCGACAUCCAUCUGGAAGGCCAGACCCCCGGCCUGGUCAAUUCUUAUACCACCGGCAACCACAUCGAAGGAACCGUCACCCUCAGCGCCGACGUUGACACUCGAUUCGACGAGGUGGAGAUUAUCUUGCAAGGCUCAUCGCAGACGUCGGUGGAGCGUACGUCAAGCCCGGGCCGUGCAGGUGCCCAACAGGUGUUUCUCAGACUGCGCCAGCCGAUCGAUGAGACCGAGUAUCCAACUCCGCGAGUGCUGGAGAAAGGGCGUACUUAUCAAUUUCCCUUCACAUUCGUCGUCCCAGAUCGGCUGCUGCCCCAGGUUUGCAAACAUCCCAAAAACAAUGCGCACCUUGAACGUGCUCACACCAUGCUUCCUCCGACGCUGGGGGAUCCCAUGCUUGCCAGCAACGGUAAGACGUUGCUGGAUGAUAUGGCGCCAGACAUGAGCCGGAUCGCCUAUAUGGUUCGAGUCGCCGUGUUGAGGAAGUCUACGGGAGAGGACCAAACCACCAAAUCGCUGGCUGGGUUCGCCAAGAAGGUUCGCAUCAUCCCAACAGUGGAAGAAGAACCGCCCAUCAGUGUGACCGAGACCUCGGGGUAUUGCACACGGAAGGAGAAGAAAGUCAGGCGAGGACUCUUGCGAGGCCGACAGGGCCGUUUAACCGUAUCGUCUGCUCAACCAAAGCCCCUCCAACUCUCACCCAGCUGCGAAGUAAACGACAUUGGGAGCACGAUGGCCACGGUGCAGCUCCGAUUCGACCCCGUGGGCAACGAGCAACCGCCGCGGCUGGGCUCGUUGACGAGCAAGCUCCGCGUGUACACUUUUUACAGCGCCGAGCCCUGGCAAGACCUUGUCGCUCCCGCGGGACUCGUUCCAUUCUCCCAGAUGAGCCGUGGCCUAUACAUGGAGAAUGUACCGCUAUCGACGAUGUGUGUGGCAUCUGCGCAAUGGACGAAGCACUCCGACUCCAGCCGUCGCGACUCGAUGCAGUCGACCGUGUCCGAAGAAUCUACCGCCGACGGAGAGAUUUACUACACGGCGUCGGUCCUCGUGCCCGUCUCCCUUCCCAAGAAGAAAGCCUUCAUUCCGACCUUCCAAUCCUGCCUUCUGGCCCGCAUCUAUUCGCUCGACCUCUCGCUGUCCUACCACCCGGCGGGAAAGACCGUUCUCACGCCGACAGUUUCCCUCCGUCUUCCGAUCCAGAUCACCAACCAGCCCAAGUUCUCCGAAUCGCUCAAGUCGGAGCUGAGCGUGACCGUCACCCAGGCCGAAAUGGAUGAGUUUUUCCGCCCUCGCAUUGUCACUCUCCCGAAUGCAGAUGCGGUCGCCGAGGUAGAUCCGACACGAUCGGAAACCCAGUCCCUCGCGCCGCCCGAGUACUCCGAGACGUACUCGAUUCCUACCGUGGCGGAAACGACGAGUUGA